CUGUUUCCCGACGGACUUCUAUCCUCUCCUCAUACCCGCCCCCUUCAGUUAGUCGCGCCCUAUUGCUCUUGCCAUCGCCCAAUGACGUUCGGGUCGCUGCGUAACGUAGCCGAACCUCCCUCAUUUGCCCGUCGGCAUUUGGGUUCCCAGAAGCCCUUGCGUGGCGGGAGGUUUUGAGGUAGGAAAUCCCGCCGCUGUGGGUUUCUCUUAAUGGAGUUUUCGGGGAUAAGGAAGAAGUCCUGUUGUUAGGCUAACGUGGUGAUUUCUGUAAAUGAAACUUGCUUCGAAAUUGAGAAAAUACAUUUUGAUUCAAAUGCUAAAUUGAACAGACGAAUCUUCUGAAUGGAAAAAAAGGCCAAGUCUUCGUGUGAUGGAAAUGUUUUGAGGAAAAACAUGUUAAGCGAUAAACAAGAUAGAUUUUUAUCUUAUAAUGGGGAACUUCUCAUUUUCUGGAUGUCAAAAGGAAAAUCCUCACAGGGUGAUGAUACUGAAAUGAACAAAUUACACGUCAGACGAAUGAAUUUUAACACUGAUAGAAAAUUGUUUGUUGAAAUAUCCACUGCGUCAUUUAGUAUGUCUGGGGAAGGUAUUGAAAUUAUUCAUUGCAGCUGUGCAUCUUGCUUCAGGACUGGAAUUCUUUAUCCCGCUAUUCUAUUGAAAAAGAAAAAAAGAAAGAACAUUAAAUAUAUUUUACUCUUCCUUUACAACUUUAACCAAUUUGAGGUGGUUCUUCACUUUAAACUGGAUUAUGAACUCAGAGAACCAAUAAAAAUACUUGCUGGUCCAACAGUUUUAUGGAGUUGUGAAAAAAACAUUUUUUAUAUUUCUCCCCGAACGGAUACUAUUUUAUGUGCCCCUGUUAAAUUUUCUUCCAUCAAAUGGGCAGGCGAGAUUGAAGGCGAAGGCAUUGUAGUUUUUGGAACAAGAGCUGUUGGUUUGCCAGAGCAAAGGAGUGGACAAACUGUUUUCCAAUCAGAUGCACUUGUCUGGAAUAGUGAGUUUAUUUCCUAUGCAGUAGAGAAAGAGAAAAUGCUGACUAGUGCCAGUUUUCUGCCUCAUGCUUAUAGCAGUGUCAUCUCUUGUAUGCAUGUUUUCAAAGCUGAGUCCACAAGGAAUAAAUUUAGGACAUCAGUUAUUGCAGUCACGUGCAAAAGCCAGCUUGUUGUCUUCCAAGAUGGUCUACCUAAAGAUGUUCACCAGCUUCCAUAUGAGCAGCCUUGUUCGCUACAAAUAGUUGUGGUGGAAGGAAGCAGCCAGUUGGUGGUUGUGGCCUUUGCUUCAGGAGAUGUCUGUGCUCUAUGGAAACAUAAUCUUCAGGUGGCUUCUUGCUGGACAAAUGUGAGAUCUGUUCUGGUAGAUGAUUUUGCUGGCAUUGGAACUGAACAAAUCUUGAUCCUUCCAGAAAGUGAUACUAUUUCAGAAAGUUUGAAUGACUUCCAAAUAACAGAUUUGGGAAAGGUUAACUAUGUGACUAAAAUGCAUUCUGAAGAUGACUCAUCUUUUGCAGAAGAGCUACAAGAGAAUCGCUACCUUACUAUCAAAGCACUUGAAGCAAGAUUGCAGGCUGGCUUUGCUUCCCUUCGAGAAUUACAGCAGCAUUUAAAACUCAAAGAAAAGGUCCUGAUGGAAAGUUGUAGUGCAUUAAUCGACAUGGCUCAAGGUCGGACACAUAGACUUCCAAGUGCAAUGAAGGAAGGCCUUGUUUCUCUCUGGGAUGAAACAGAGACUGUGUUUGAUAAUGACAUAUCAACCCCAUGUGCCAGUGAAGAGCAACUGGUAGAAAAGCUGUGGUACCAUGUAGUGGAGGACAACUUAGUCGUUGGAGUACAGCUAAAGGAAGCGCUUGAUUUGCUACUCAGUGAUGUCACUUUAUCGCUGAUAAUGCAUCAGAAAUGCCCUUCAUUUUCUCCAACUAAGUGCAAAUGUAAUGCUGUUACUUUGAAGAAAGCUGCACUGGUAGAGUGUACAUCACAUUGGCAAGUGGAACCGCUGCCUAAAAGGGUCAAGUUAGAUUGCCAUAAUGGAAAAGAACACGAUGGAGGACCUUCUCAAGUGAACGCAGAGAGAAUAAAAACCUUCACUGCAGUCACCCACCUCUCCCCUUUCUUAGCAUUGCACCGAGUACACUGUACAGUAUUGCUGCAUGCAAAAAAGAAAAGUUGCAAUGAGGAAAAUCUGCUGAAAAACAAAAAACUGAAUUUAUUAUGUGGUAAUAUUUUCUUAAGUCUGGCAGAGAUUUCCAGAGGAAAAUACUCAAUAAAUCUGAAAGAUUUUAAAUAUACAGGCUCGAUGAUGGAUCUUGUUUCACUUUGUGCAGUAUCACAUAAGCUGUCACUGCAAAUAACUUCCCCCAACUGCACUCUGAAUCCCAUAAGCACAUGGUUACAGGAUCAAAUGGAGUGUGCACCAAUCAAGGAAUUUCCUGACCAUAUGAUAUGUUGUAGGUCUGGAGAUCUGAAUGGUACUCUUUUCAAGUGGAAUCUAAAUACCCCUUUUGAAGCAAUUUUAACAGUGUUUUGCAGACAUCAAACUAUCUUGCUCCAGUUUCUACACAACCUCAUUGGAUUGUUGCCACCCACUUGCAAAAUAAAACUCCUAAGGUGGGGCAGCAAGAAAGAAUUUGCUGAGCAGCUUGCACAAGCUUUGGUAAAGGAAAUGGCCACUCUUCAAAAUCCCUUCUCUUCAGGUCUUCAGGCUGAAAACAUGUCUCUGGAUUAUGGUGAGAACAAAGAAACAAACAGUAUCACAGCAGUUCAGCGCUUCAGAGAAACUUUUGAAGAGGAACAAAAGCAAAGUAAACUCUGUAUGAAUCAAACAAUGAGUAUUGCCUUAUACAGAAGACUUGUUUUAAAUGUACUUGAAUUACAGCUGAGGUCUGACAUGAUUUCAGGGCAGUGCUGCUCAUUCUUCUAAUGUCCUCGUGAAUUAUUUUUUCCUCAGAAGCUGUCACAUGAUAGUUGCAAUUAAUUCCUCUUUAGGAUGAAGGAAGCUUCUGUUUGGUCAUUGUGAUUUUGAAAGUAAUUGAAAAUUAUGUUGCAGUUUUUCAAAUAGCUGUGGAGGAAUAACGGCUUUGCCUGUGCAGAAGUAUACUCAUCAAUAUCUCUGCCAUCUGUCAUAACCCUAUAUUCAUACCCAUGCUAGUAAAUCUCCACCUAAAACAGCAUAAAAGGCAACCCCUGUAAAGGAAAAGAAUUUUCCUGACAGCACAUUGGAUUACACUCUGAACUCUCUGAUUUUGUGCCAUUUUCAAGAAUCAGACAGUAUUGUAUUUGAAGUAUUGCAGGCUUCUGUUUCUUCUACCCAAGACAGAUUUUUCUAAGGCUACAUUGCCUCUAGAAAAAUCUUUGUAGCAGUUGCCUUGUUAGAGUCACUACUAUGUAUCAUAGUACAAGAUAAUCUAAAGGGUUGUUGGUAUACACAGGUUAAAAUCCAGUAGAGUUGACCCAUUGAAUCAGUGGUGAUGUGCUGAAUCAACACCCAUGUAAGUUCCAUUGAUUCAAUGGCCAUACUCAUCCCAAAGCUGAUUAUUUCAGUGUCUCUGUUCUGUUUAGGGAUGAAAAGGUAAGGGGGCUUCUAUUGUCAUGAAUGGAGGUGUGUGGGGUUUUUAACCCAUGUCUCCCUGCACCCCAGUUGUAAGAUCAACCCCCCAGGAAUGGGGGGAAAAUGUCCCCCACCUGUGUGUGCUAGUUCGAGUCUAGAUUGGAGGUAUAUGGACUUACUAAAGUAGAAAAUAAAAUAAAAGGAUCAUAAACAAUACAUAUUUCAGGGCCAAAAUCCUGCUGUGUAACUGUGCAUGCCGAAGUCAGUAGUUGUAAUAAUGCUGAGACAGAAGUGCUGUCCAUGAGGUGCUUCUGCCAGCUGGUACAAAUGGUAUUGCCAGGGAUAUGUGACUGAUUGUGCAAUUGAAUAGUGCCAUUCCUUCUUCUUGGGCACAACAGCUGGCACACUUAUGUAGGAGUAAUAAGAUUUUGCCCAGUGUGUUAUGUAGUUUAAUUUGUAGGACAACCACUCUUUGUGUGUUUAAUUUUUUGUUUGAUGAGAUUGGCUGCUUAAUAUAAGCCAUUCUUCCAAUUUGUUAAUACAGGCUUACUUACCUUAAGCAAUGGAGACACCCAGUCCUGGUGAAACUUUUCUGUAAAGUUUCACUGUGAAGGUGGAACUGAAUAUUUUAUGCUAAACGGGGUUGCUGGGAUUAUGCAAGAAUUGUGUGAGUGGGAUGGCCCAUAGUUUUAAACUGCUGAAUGGUUGAAUAACACUUUUUUAUUAUCAUGUGACAUGUAGCUGGGUUUUUUUUUAUUUAUUGUAAGAACUGUAAA